AACCAAGAUCUCUGACUUUUAAGUGGACCCGGUAUUGAGAGUACCUGGGUGUUUUAAACAGUAUUCUGCGUGUACACAUUCCCGAGCAAUAUGGUGUUGGGUGUUUACGAGUAUUUGCUUGUUUGUAUGAUUUUGAGUGUAGGCAGUGCAUUAACAGAAGAUUCGUGUCAUACUUAUGGCGGUGGAGAUGUGUAUCCACAAGAAAUUGGAAAUACUGUAGACCAUAAACUACAAUGGACUAAAGCUGUCAUUUCCAAACCUGCACCUGAGUGGGAAGGAACAGCAGUGAUAAAUGGAGAAUUUAAAGCAUUAAAACUUUCUGACUUUAAGGGGAAGUACCUUGUAUUUUUCUUUUACCCAUUAGACUUUACAUUUGUAUGCCCUACAGAGAUCUUAGCAUUCAAUGACAAUAUUGAUGAGUUUCGAAAAUUAAAUGCAGAGGUUGUAGCCUGCUCGGUGGAUUCCCCAUACACACAUCUUGCUUGGAUGAACCUUCCGAGAAAAGAAGGUGGUUUAGGAAAACUGAAAAUACCGUUACUGUCAGAUUUGACUCACAAGAUUGCAAGAGACUAUGGCGUGUACCUGGAAGAUUUAGGGCAUGCUUUAAGGGGCCUGUUCAUCAUUGAUCCUAAAGGAAUUCUCAGGCAAAUAACGAUGAAUGAUCUCCCAGUGGGACGAAGUGUAGAGGAAGCCCUUAGACUGGUUCAAGCAUUCCAGUAUACAGACAAACAUGGAGAGGUUUGUCCAGCUGGCUGGAAACCUGGAGGAGACACGAUUGUGCCAGAUCCUGUACAAAAGGCAAAGUUCUUUAACAAACAGUAUAAGACUGACUUUUAAAUACAGCUAAAAGGUUCCAUUGAAGGAUGCAUAAGUUGCUUGGAACUGUUAGAUUUAAGAUGACAUAAUCGAGAUAAAGGGAUAAGAAAAAUGCCCUCGCUAUCUUAUCUUUUGACAAGUUAAAUAUUUCACAUAAUUGGAAAUUUUGUAAUUCGGAAUCUUAUUCCAAUAAAUAACAUCACAUGACAUGACAAGACUGAGUGACAAUUUGGUUUAUCUCGUAAGAAUUUUUAGUAUUGAUUUUGGCUACUGCUUAUGGCUUUGCCAUAACAGUAAUGAGACACUGCAGUUAUACAUAGUCUGAUCAUUCUUUAUUAUCAAGGGGGUGGGAAAAAUGAAUAGACGCAACAAAUAAAUUUGAAUAUGAAAUUUAAUUAUGGAAAUUAGUAACUGGUUAGUUUUGUUUUUCUAUUAUUGUUUAUUAUAUGUUCCAUAUUUUAUAUUAGUUAAUUUUUCCACCUAGUGGAUUGACAUAGAUAGAUAUGGUAUUAUACCAGAUGACUAAGUUAAAAAGGUGCUGUGCAGUUUUUAUCUGUACUCUUUAUGUAUUACAUACAAACAAGUUGUGUGUGUACUUGUGUAUAUGUGAAAUAUUGUUCAUUUUCAUUAUCUGUACAUUGUAACCAUGACAUUACUGACUUGCUGCAAAGAAAAGUCAUCAUUCAAUCAUCUCAAUUUCCCUCCAAAAAUAAAUAAAAGAAUUAAGAGUU